AUGGAUGAGUCAGCACAGCUUCAGGAUGGUCAUUACAGUAUGAACUUGCCCUUCAGGAAAGAGCAGCUCACUCUUCCCAAUAAUCUUAGCAUGGUCAAGCAAAGGCUGCUAGGAUUGAAGUGUAAGUUCAGAAAAGAUGAACUGUUUCAUAAGGAAUACACCAGUUUCUUCACUGAUGUUAUAAGGAAAGGCUACGCAGAGAAAGUGCCUCAACAUCAACUGGAUGGAGAAAAUGGAAAAGUUUGGUAUAUUCCCCAUCAUGGUGUGCGUCAUCCCAGAAAAGGUACCUUACGUGUUGUGUUUGACUGUUCAGCUGAGUUUAAAGGUGCCUCACUCAACAGCCAGCUUUUUCAAGGCCCAAACCUGACCAGUUCACUGCUAGGAGUCCUUGCCAGAUUCAGACAGGAGCCAGUAGCGUUCAUGGGAGACAUUCAGUCUAUGUUCUACCAGGUUAAAGUGGCUGAAGAGGACAAGGACUUUCUUCGCUUCCUAUGGUGGCCUGAUGGUAAAGUGAGCCAAGAGAUUGUGGAAUAUCGGAUGACAGUUCAUUUGUUUGGCGCAGUCUCAUCCCCAAGUUGUGCCAGUUAUGCACUCAGGAGGACAGCAGAAGACAAUAAUGCUCACUUCCCAUCAGAGGUGGUAAAAACAGUCAGGCAAAAUUUUUAUGUUGACGACUGUUUGAAGAGCUUGCCCUCAGAGGAGGAGGCCGUUGUGAUGGUUAAAGCUCUUAGGGACCUCUGCCUAAAGGGAGGCUUUACUUUGACAAAGUGGAUCAGUAACAGCCGGACAGUGCUGCAAACCAUUGAAGAGGAGCAUAGAGCUAAAGACUGGAAAGAACUGGAUCUGGAUAGAGAUGAGCUUCCAGUCGAGAGAGCCCUUGGACUACAGUGGUGUGUGGAGUCGGACACGUUCAAAUUCAAAAUGAUGGUGAAAGAGCAAGCACAGAGCAGAAGAGGAUUGUUGUCUAUAAUCUAUUCAGUUUAUGAUCCCUUGGGGUUUCUUGCACCAGUGACACUGCCAGCAAAGGUUAUGCUGCAAGAGCUCUGUCGCAGACGUUGUGGGUGGGAUGACAACAUACCUGCAGACAUUAGCCAUCAGUGGACAGGAUGGCUGGAGGAUCUGAAAAGGUUGACUUCAUUCAAAGUGAAGAGAUGCAUUAAGCCAAAACACUUUGGACAGCCCAUUAAAGCAGAGCUGCACAACUUUUCUGAUGCCAGUGAAGAUGGAUUUGGCACUGUCACCUACCUCAGAAUUGAAAACAGCGAGGGCCAGGUCCAUGUCUCCUUCUUGCUGGGAAAGGCAAGAGUCACCCCAUUGAAACAGAUAACCAUUCCUCGUCUGGAGCUUACAGCUGCUGUCCUCGCCGUUCGAGUGGAUCAGAUGUUGAGAGCAGAAUUGGAGCUGCCACUGGAUCAGUCAACUUUCUGGACAGAUAGUACUUCAGUGCUCAAGUAUAUAAAAAAUGAGGACAGACGUUUCCACACAUUUGUGGCGAAUCGGGUGUCAACCAUCAGAGAUGCAACUCAUGUGUCUCAGUGGAGGUACGUCAACACCAAAGACAACCCUGCUGACUACGCCUCUAGAGGUAUGAAGGUUGGAGAUCUGUUGAAUGGUGGUAGCUGGAUUGAAGGCCCAAGGUUUCUUUUUGACCCAGAAAAGGAUUGGCCUUCGGACAUCACAGAGGCCACAAUUGCAGCCGAUGAUGUAGAGGUCAAAAGGGAUGUCACAGUAAACACAAUCAUUACUCAGGAUUUCCCUAAUGCUACAGACCAGCUCCUAUUAUACUUCUCUGAUUGGAGGAAACUUAAGGUGGCAGUUGCAUGGUUUCUCAAAUGGAAGAGGAUUCUUCUGCAGUUAAAGCAAAGGAGAAAGGAAUUGUAUGCUCUUGAGAUCAACAGAAGGGAUGCAGCUGGAUCACAUGUGUCACUGGAGAUGGAGAGGGCCAAGAAAGCAAUGAGUCGAACUUUGUCAGCUGAGAAUCUUUUGGAUGCUGAAGUUUCCAUCAUUCGUUACAGUCAGCAGAAAAGGUUCAAAGAGGAGAUUGCUGCCCUAUCAGCUGGAAAAUGUGUGUCACGAGACAGUUCUAUUUACAAACUAGACCCAUGUCUGGAGGAUGGACUUGUGAGAGUUGGAGGCCGAUUGAGUAAGGCAGCUUUACCAGAAGAGGUAAAGCAUCCACUCAUCUUGUCAAAAGAUCAACACAUCUCCACACUCAUAUUAAGACACAUGCACCAACAAGUUGGCCACGGUGGAAGAAAUCAUACGCUGUCAAAGUUGCGAAAAAGGUUCUGGAUAACAAGCGCCACUUCAGCUGUGAGAAAAAUCAUAUCACAAUGCAGCUUCUGCAGACGAUACAAAGGGAAGUUGGGUGAGCAAAAAAUGGCGGACCUACCAAAGGAAAGGCUCCUUCCCGAUCUCCCUCCCUUCACAAAUGUGGGAGUAGAUUACUUUGGGCCUUUAGAGGUGAAGAGAGGUCGAGGUGUGUGUAAACGUUAUGGUGUCAUCUUUACCUGUUUUGCAAGCAGAGCUGUUCAUUUGGAAGUAGCUUCAUCAUUGGAUACUGAUGCAUGUAUUAAUGCGUUACGAAGGUUCAUCAGCCGAAGAGGACAGGUAUCUUCUAUGCGCUCAGAUAAUGGUACAAACUUUGUGGGAGCUGAAAAAGAACUGAGGGGAGCACUUGCAUCUCUAAAUCACAAGCAGAUACAGAGAGUGCUAUUGCAAGAUGGCAUCCAGUGGAGAUUUAACCCCCCUGCAGCAUCACACCAUGGUGGUGUCUGGGAACGGGUCAUUCGUAUGGCAACCCUGUCCGCCCGUGCAUGGCACUUGUUCCCUGCGAGAACUCCCCAGAGCUCCGUGGCCCCCGUGCUCAAAGCCAGCACUCAUCCUCCAGCCAGAGCUGGAUAG